AUCAUUUUCACUGUCACUCAGUAGUCAAACUCAAACGUUGUUUUUCUUCUUCUUCUUCCUUUCUCUCUCUAGAAUCCGGCGGCACCGCACGAUGAAGUCAUCCUACGACUGGUGAAGACCGAGCAGUCAAAGUUAGGGCCUUCCUCUUCUCUCUGCUCUGCUCUGCUGUGGUGUGCAUCAACCCUAAAAAAGAGCGAUUGACGGAAAAGGGUCGAAUUUGAACCUCGCUCCGAUGGAAGGAGGACAGAAAGUGGCGGUCUCUGCUCUGCAGUUCUCUUGCACCGACGACGUCGCCACUAACGUCUCCACUGCCGAGAGGUUGGUUAGAGCUGCUCAUGGGAAGGGUGCAAACAUCAUUCUCAUUCAGGUAUGAGCUCUUGAACUCGGAACCUUUUGUCCUUGUAAAGCUUAGUAUACUAAUGGAACUUUUUGAAGGAUACUACUUUUGUCAAGCACAGAGGGAAGAUUUCUUUCAGCGAGCAAAGCCUUACAAGGGCCACCCAACUAUUAUGAGGAUGCAGAAACUUGCGAAAGAGCUGGGUGUAGUGAUACCUGUCAGCUUCUUUGAAGAGGCAAAUAAUGCUCAUUACAACUCUAUAGCUAUAAUUGAUGCUGAUGGGAGUGACCUUGGAUUGUAUAGAAAGUCGCACAUCCCCGAUGGACCAGGUUACCAAGAGAAGUUCUACUUCAAUCCAGGGGACACUGGCUUUAAGGUUUUCGAGACAAAAUUUGCCAAGAUUGGAGUUGCAAUUUGUUGGGACCAGUGGUUUCCUGAGGCAGCUCGAGCAAUGGUCUUGCAAGGGGCAGAAAUAUUGUUAUACCCAACUGCUAUUGGUUCUGAACCACAGGAUCAAGGACUUGAUUCUAGAGACCACUGGAAAAGAGUUAUGCAAGGACAUGCUGGGGCUAAUCUGGUACCUCUGGUGGCUUCAAAUCGCAUAGGGAAAGAAGUAAUACAGACAGAGCAUGGAAAGAGUGAGAUCACAUUCUACGGCAACUCUUUCAUCGCAGGACCAACGGGAGAAAUCGUGGCAAGUGCUAAUGACAAAGAGGAAGCUGUUCUUGUGGCGGAAUUUGAUCUGGCUAAUAUAAAAAGCAAGAGACACAGCUGGGGAAUAUUUCGAGAUCGACGUCCAGACCUAUACAAGGUGCUUCUCACCUUGGAUGGAAGCAAUCCUCGAACGUGAUUGCAUGGUGCCUUCUUGAUUCCUUGUGAUCGGGAUAAUCCUUCUGCUCAAGGAAGAAAAUAACUGAAAAGAGAAGUAUGCUACUUUUACGAGGAGAAUUGAAUAAUUAUAGAGCGCUCGCCCGAAUGAUUUCCAGUAAAGAAAGCUUGGCACUCUGCAUAGGCUUCACAUGUGAAAGACACCCUAUUUACAGUGAAAUUGAGGGAUUGAUUAUAUUG